GUUGUUGCGCGGGUCCCGGCAUCUGCGGCUCCGCGCUUGAUGUUUUAUCAACGGCUUGUUUUCUCGUUCUGCGCUGUCAUCUAGAUGUCCGUGCGGCAUCGUCCAUCUACUUCAUCUUGCAACUUGUAUCGCGCGUGUAAGGCCGCGCCUUUCUAUUCUCUCCAGUCCUUAAACUCUCGUUUCUCUUCGCAGCCAGUUUACUCUCUUUCAUUAACAACUCCAACUGGUUUGGCUGCUGACGCUCCUUUGAACAUUGCUGAGUUCUGUGCGACGAGAAACCGCCACCCCCCCUGCACGCCGCCUUCAGACCAGUAUCCCCUUCCCAUCUAGUUUCGAAUCGCCUGUUUGUUUUUUUGUUUCCGGCUCGAAGCUGGAAGUACGGACGUCUUGUCGCAUCGGACUUUCGCUUCACUACGUGGCCUGGUUUGCCAACACUCGUUGUUAAUAACCUCCGGGAUUAAUACUCUUGGGCGGUCUUCCUAUAUAAAGGAAGCUGCCUUUAUAUCCACCGUCGGAGGGCAUUUCACACUCAAGCCCGAGGAAGCCCCGUCAGUCACGAUGUCCCGGACGCAAAUGAUAUCAGUGCACUCGCGAUACUCGCCUGUUGGAGAUGGUGUACGGCGCCAUGAUGGGGGAGGAGUGACCAAGGCUAAGAAGGCCGCGCUGACUGGAAGCGGGCGCGCCUGGAGAGAGGACGAGGAAGCGUACCUGCUGCAGACACGCCUGCAGAAGAUGCCGUACAAACACAUCGCAGCGCACCUCAAUAAGACGGAGCUGGCGUGCAGGCUGCACUACCACCAGCUGUCGCACGGCAGCACUCGGCGGAAGCGUACGGCAUCAUGCUCGUCCGGGUCCUCGGAUCCCGUGUCGUGCCAGCAAGUCUUUUCGGGCAGCCCGGUGCAGAAGAACAAGUCGCGUUCUCUAUCGCCGUCGCAGGCGGUGGUUGGUGCGUAUCUGCCCAUGGCAGCCAACGGGGCCAACGACGUGCAGCUGCCGAGCAUCAUGAUGGUGGACAGCCCGCCGAGGCUGCCGGCGAUUCUGCCCAAGCCAGAAUCUAUGGGGUUCCCGCGCCCGAGCGAGUCCCCGCGCGGGUAUCCCAUCAUCAUGGCAGACGCUCCACGCGAGCAAAGCCUGCCGGGGCCGCCGCCGCCGCCGCCCGUCAACCUGCCAUCGCAAGGGUUUGGGCAUGGAUACGCGCCGGGGCUGCUGCGGCUGGACUGCGCGGGAAUGCCGGCGGCGCCCUCUGCGACGUCGUCGGCAGCGGCAGCGCAUACGGCGGCGCACGUGGACCUGUCGCGGCUGCACUCCAUCUACGAGGCGCACCGCAACGGCUUCUGGGCGGCCAUUGCGGACGAGUACGGACGGAGCACGUCACCGGCGGCGCUGGAGCACGCGUGGAAGACGGGCUCUUGCUGUCCGCAGCGAGGCGGCAACCCGAUGACGCCGGUGGACAGUCCGGACCGGGACCGAGUGCGUGAGAAGACGAGGAUCUCGUCGAUUCUGGGAUAGACGUGGUGCUUGUUGCGCCGAUGAGGCGGCGAUGGCGGGAGGAGUUGAAACAGCAGGCCAAGGGGCCGGGUAUGAGUGGAUGGAUGAAUGCCACGAGAUGUUUUUUGUUUUGGAGGAGUCCUGCCGAUGCGUUACCACCCAUCACCACUACCACUACCACUACCACUACUACUACUACUACUACCGCAGAGAGGGCGAAGUGCUAGGUUAGCUAGCAUGCACUCACUGCGCUACGUGUGAGCAAUCAAGGCG